CUCCAUUCUUAUUGCUGUAUAAUUUUGAUGAAAAUGGUUGCGAUCAGGGGCCUCUGACUCUCCUUCCUCACUUUAGAUCCUCCUCUUCACUCCCGAUCACCGAUAUCUCCCUACUAGCAUCUUAAGGCUCGAUACCGUUAGUUCCGGUAAGGUGUUGCGCUUGAAAAAUGGCUACUGGAGUUGCGCCAACUUCGUUUUCUACCCUCAAGGGCAGAGAUUCGAGUUUAGGAUUUGCAAAAGGCAUGGAUUUUGCAAGAAUAUCCGAUUUGAAAAUUAUGAAAUCUGGAAGGACAAAGGUCUCAGUUAUACGUAACUCAAAUCCUGGCCAGGAUAUUGCUGAACUUCAAUCCGCAUCACCAGGAACUCGCCUCAUAGUUCCUAGGCAAAAGUAUUGCGAAUCGUUACACAAAACUGUCAGAAGGAAAACAAGCACGGUGAUGGUUGGAAAUGUGGCCAUCGGAAGUCAGCAUCCCAUCAGAGUUCAAACAAUGACUACAACUGACACUAAGGAUGUUGCUGCAACCGUUGAGCAGGUGAUGAAAAUAGCAGACCAAGGGGCUGAUCUUGUACGAAUAACUGUUCAGGGGAAGAAAGAAGCAGAUGCAUGUUUUGAGAUCAAAAACUCACUUGUGCAGAAAAACUAUAAUAUUCCUUUGGUGGCGGAUAUACAUUUUGCUCCUUCUGUUGCUAUGCGUGUUGCUGAAUGCUUUGACAAGAUUCGUGUUAACCCUGGAAAUUUUGCUGAUAGAAGGGCUCAAUUUGAAAAACUUGAGUACACAGAAGAAGACUACGAGAAAGAACUUGAACAUAUUGAACGGGUUUUCACACCAUUAGUUGAGAAAUGUAAGAAAUAUGGGAGAGCAAUGCGCAUUGGGACAAACCAUGGCAGUCUUUCUGAUCGUAUAAUGAGCUACUAUGGUGAUUCUCCUAGGGGAAUGGUUGAAUCUGCUUUUGAAUUUGCGAGGAUAUGCCAGAAAUUGGACUUUCACAAUUUUGUCUUUUCUAUGAAAGCAAGCAACCCUGUUGUCAUGGUCCAGGCAUACCGUUUACUCGUAGCUGAGAUGCAUGUUCAAGGCUGGAACUAUCCAUUGCACUUGGGAGUUACCGAAGCUGGUGAAGGUGAGGAUGGGCGGAUGAAGUCUGCUAUUGGAAUUGGAACUCUUCUUCAGGAUGGAUUGGGUGAUACAAUCAGGGUUUCUCUCACAGAACCACCAGAAAAGGAGAUAGAUCCUUGCAGAAGGUUGGCAAAUCUUGGAAUGAAAGCUUCUGAACUCCAGAAAGGGGUGCAGGAACCUUUCGAAGAAAAGCACAGACAUUAUUUUGACUUCCAGCGCCGAUCUGGUCAAUUGCCAACGCAAAAAGAGGGUGAGGAGGUGGAUUACAGAGGCGUGCUGCACCGGGAUGGUUCUGUUCUCAUGUCAGUCUCCUUGGAUCAGUUAAAGAUGCCAGAGCUCCUCUACAAGUCCCUUGCAGCCAAACUCGUUGUUGGCAUGCCAUUUAAGGAUCUGGCUACAGUAGAUUCAAUCUUGUUGCGAGAACUUCCUCCAGCAGAUGAUGCUGAAGCGCGACUAGCUCUCGAAAGGCUGAUAGAUAUAAGUAUGGGCGUUAUAACUCCUUUGUCAGAGCAGUUAACAAAGCCAUUGCCCAAUGCCAUGGCUCUGGUGAAUCUGAAGGAACUAUCUACUGGUGCUCACAAGCUUUUGCCACAAGGAACACGUCUGGUUGUGUCAGUACGUGGUGAUGAGUCUUAUGAAGAGCUGGAAAUCCUCAAAGGUGUUGAUGUUACUAUGCUUCUCCAUGACCUACCUUAUGCUGAAGACAAAAUUAGCAGAGUGCAUGCAGCAAGGAGGUUAUUUGAGUACCUAGCAGACAAUUCUCUGAACUUCCCAGUCAUUCAUCACAUUAAUUAUCCCAUCGGGAUUCACCGGGAUGACUUAGUGAUUGGUGCCGGUGCAAAUGCCGGAGCCCUUCUGGUUGAUGGUCUUGGAGAUGGUGUUCUCUUGGAAGCUCCAGACAAAGAUUUAGAUUUUCUGAGAGAUACGUCUUUUAACUUGCUGCAAGGUUGCAGAAUGAGGAACACUAAGACGGAAUAUGUGUCAUGCCCAUCCUGUGGGAGAACUUUGUUUGAUCUUCAAGAAAUAAGUGCGGAAAUUCGGGAGAAGACAUCACACCUGCCCGGUGUUUCGAUUGCAAUUAUGGGUUGCAUUGUGAAUGGACCUGGAGAGAUGGCAGAUGCAGACUUCGGGUACGUGGGAGGUGCUCCUGGAAAGAUUGACCUUUAUGUUGGGAAGACUGUGGUGAAGCGUGGGAUUGCAAUGGAGGGAGCAACCGAUGCACUGAUCGAUCUAAUAAAAGAGCAUGGUCGUUGGGUGGACCCACCCGCAGAGGAGUAAAAGUACUGAACUCAUAGACACCGACGGUAGUGAUUUGCUGAUGGGAAAUUAAACAGUGAGAUUCUUAGUUCAUAAGAUCCGUUUUUUUUUCUUUUGUUUUUUUUUUGGACUACCUCAAUUGGGUGGUACCCAUUUCCAGUUGGAGCCAUAAAAGUCUGGAGUUAAACGCAGUAGCGACAUAGGAGUAGAAUGAGGAGUUUCCAUUGAUUCCCCAUUCCCAAUUGAGGCUGAGCUGAACAGCGAUGAGAGGUUUCCAUGUUAUACAGGUCUCUCAUUAUUGAUGUUGAUUCCUGGAAUCCUACGAACGUGCGACCUUCACAUAUAUAAAUUAGGAUGCAUUCCAAUAAUUCAGAUUUUUUUA